AUGUACUGUGAGGUGGAGUACCCAGAUUCCUUCUCUGCAUCUAGAACCAACGCCUCUCACUGGAGGUUUCCCCAUAGACUCAACUCUGCCCCUCCUGCCAAUGAAUCAUUCACUUUCCACGCUUCCGGCAAUAUAUUAAGGGUCGACCUCACCAUUAUGAACUUGACGACGAACGACACGGCUGACUAUGGGUUUACUGUUGGAGAAUGCUCGUUUGAGUGUGCAAAUAUAUCCCUACAUGUGGACGAAUGCUUAGGUGUAAAACCAAAACCAGUAACCCAGCAAAAUAUAUCGGUUACUGCACCUCUCAGUGCAUCAUCUGUGACACUUGUUGCAAAUUUUACCGGUGAUACGAGUGGAACGUAUCCAAUCGUAUUUUCCAAACAAAGUGUGAUAGACUUGCCGUUUCAUGACAGCAACAAGUACUCUUACAUGAGGUCUAAAGUGUACCAAAACUGCUUCUUUUCUGGUGUGCUUGUCAUCCACAACCUGUCUGUGGCAGAUACUGAUAACAUUUCAGGCCCUUUGGUCUCUAUCCAGAGGAAUGUUCUAAAUACACAGCCUGCCUCAAACGCACAUUCCUCAGUCUUUAUUCUCUACUGCCGAGAUGGAAUACCGGAAGAUGACAUUGAAGACUUGUUGCAAGUGCUGGAACAGUGUGGGAUUCAGCUCCACGUUGACUUGAGGGCCCAGGACGCACACGGAGAGCUCCCUGAUAACUGGACACGCUGGAUGCAGGCAGAGUUAGAGUCCCGUAAACAUGUUGUGGUGAUAUGCUCCUCUCAGCUCCAGCAUGCGUUUGCGCACGCAAAUGACUCGCGAAUGGGCUAUGUCGAGAUGUGCAGAGGCCAGUUUCAUGCCAAGUCCGUCCUGAACUGCAUACAACCGUCAAAGACAGUUCUGGUGUUUGUCAACUGCUCAAAAGACAGCGAGAUGAUUCCGCUGCCCCAGCUAAGGGACAGACAGAGUUUCGAACUCAACCUAACGGACCUAUUGGAGGUUGCACAGGAUGACUGCACUUUAUUGGAGAACGCCAUUCGAUACAACGGAAGAUUCAGAGAUUUCAGAGACUUAAUCCAACGCUUGCAGUACUGAAACAGUGCACUCAAAACACACACAUCAAGUUUCACUUAAAUACAUAUUUUUUGCUGAUUCAU